AUGGCCCCGUCUUCCGAGAAAGGGCAGAUGCCCAAUCUCAGUGCGGAAGAGGUAGCUAGCCUUGUCGCUGACACCAAGGACCUGACCGAUGUCCCUGGCACCCAGCUGCGCAAACUCAACCAGGGUCAGGCGAGUGAGAAGGAACACCAAGGAGCUAUCUACAAAGAUCUAUACCGCCAGCUCCAAAUCACACCAGCACUCCAUGAUCGGUUCUACCUACAGGUUCUUCGCAUCGUGCGCAACAAACACAUCGAUGAUCUCAAACGUGGGAGUGAGGCUAGUAUCAGAACGCUGACCGACCUUCUCUUACGAGGCUUUGGUGGUCACGUUUGGGAAGAGUAUAAAGGAUGGCUGUUACCGGUUGAUCAACUCGACGAAGGAGAAGAACGCUUGAACUAUGUGAGAGGAGACAGUGAACACAAUGCCAGAUUUUAUCAAAUCCUGGCAAAUCUCUGGCCUCGGAUGCGCAACGUCAUCUUCGAAAUCAAGGCUGCGCCGAAGAAACGGGGUCGCAGCACAGGAGAGGACAGUCCGGCCCUCUCAGUCGACACUGAAUUUGACUCUGCAUAUCUCGGAGACACAGACACACAUGGCUUCCCAUCACCCUCGCUGCCCUUCCAUCGCCCAGGAGCGGCGCAUGAAUUGAGAACACGAGUCCUGGCCACCAGACUCAGCUACGAAACUCACAGUCGAAAUAAACCGAUGAGCAGAAAGGAAGCAGGCGCCGCCAUCGAAGCCCUUAUUGUUGAAGUAGCCGAUAUUCGAGCACAUACGGAUCCGAGGAUAUUUGAAGAACUUUGGGAACGAUACAUCGGACGGCUCGAAGAACUAGACCAUCCUUCCGGUCUCGUCGGCGCUGAUCAAGACUCGUUAAUUCCGACAACCGAAGCGUCCGAACAGACUAUGUUCGACGCGACCCCUCCUCAAGCACCACCAGCACUCUCAAGCGAACCUUUCACAUCCAACGGAAACCCCAUCCCACAACAUAUGCCUCUCUCCGCCCUCGUCCCCACCACACCACCCUCACACAUGUCGAUCUGGAUCAGCACGUGUGGCGUGCUCUCGACGAGCAGUCUCUUCAGCGUGCCGCUCGUGACUGCAUCAACCAUGUACUCAGAGCACACCUCCGCACGCUCAACAGGUACGACAUGCUCACAAGCGUACCACUGGCCCAACGCACCGGUGCAGAACUACGACCUGGGCCCUUUUUUCCUCGGUGUCAUCGCCCGCGUCGACCCACCCACCUCGUCCAUCCUCGGCUGGAUCCUGAGCUACGGCUGGAACGACCGCUGCCGCUUCAUCCCCAGCGGAUUGACGCAGCUUAUGAGCAACGACGAACAAUCCCACGGCGAGCAACCCUCCUCCGAUGCCCCGACCACCAACGGCACUCCUGAUCCGGAAGCAAUGGACAUCGACGACGCGGAGCCGCCAUUCCAAGACACAGAACUCAACAAUGGUCAUGCAGCAGAAUCCGCCGCAGCCAUCGCCGCGCAGAACGCCGAUUUCGACCAAGAGCAGUGGAACACCAUCAAGCUGGGAUGGCGCGACUUCCAGCACGACCUGCGCGAGGCUGCACGCAUGGGCGUUCGGCUCUGGCGCAUGAAGGUCUGUGUUUUGAAUCUGACGCCGUAG